AGCCCCCCACCCCCACCCCGGGGGCGGAGCGGCCAGACACGGCGGGCAGGAGAGGGAGCUCCCGACACCUCCGCUCUCGCUCCCGCCGGGCACCCUGCACGGCCGAGCCGGGGCGGCGCUGGGAACAGCUGCCGCGGGGCCCUCCAGCAGCGCGCGGCUCUCCUCCGGGACCUGCGCCGGGCGGGGGAGGGGACGGCGGGAGGCGGGGAGGGGCGGGGAGCGCGCUCCUGCGGCGGCGGCGGCGGCCGUCCUCAUCCCGGCUGCCCAGCGCUCGAGUGGACGCGGGGCUUCGCAGAUGGCUUGUCCCGCACUCGGUCUGGAAGCUCUUCCGCCCCUGCAGCCCGAGCCGCCCCCCGAGCCCGCUUUCUCCGAGGCGCAGAAGUGGAUCGAGCAAGUAACUGGGAGAAGUUUUGGAGAUAAAGAUUUCCGGACGGGGUUAGAAAAUGGAAUCCUUCUCUGCGAGUUGCUGAAUGCUAUAAAGCCAGGACUUGUUAAAAAGAUCAAUAGAUUGCCGACCCCCAUUGCAGGAUUGGACAAUAUUAUCUUAUUCUUGAGAGGUUGUAAAGAGCUCGGCCUUAAGGAAUCUCAACUUUUUGACCCGAGUGACCUCCAGGAUACAUCCAACAGAGUAACAGUCAAGAGCCUUGAUUAUAGUAGGAAGCUGAAAAACGUAUUAGUUACCAUUUACUGGCUGGGAAAAGCAGCAAACAGCUGUACGUCCUAUAGUGGAACUACGCUGAACCUGAAGGAGUUUGAAGGAUUGUUGGCUCAGAUGAGAAAGGAGACUGAUGACAUUGAGAGUCCUAAACGCAGUAUCCGAGACAGUGGUUACAUCGACUGCUGGGAUUCCGAGCGCAGCGACUCUCUCUCUCCUCCUCGCCAUGGCAGAGAUGAUUCCUUCGACAGCCUGGAUUCCUUUGGCUCCCGCUCCCGGCAGACACCUUCACCAGAUGUAGUCCUCAGGGGAAGCAGUGAUGGGAGAGGAAGUGACUCUGAAUCUGACUUGCCGCAUCGGAAGCUGCCAGAUGUGAAGAAAGAUGACAUGUCUGCACGGCGGACUUCCCACGGUGAGCCGAAAUCAGCAGUGCCUUUUAACCAGUACCUCCCGAACAAAAGCAAUCAGACGGCCUAUGUCCCUGCUCCUCUGAGGAAAAAGAAAGCAGAGCGAGAGGAAUACCGGAAGAGCUGGAGCACCGCAACCUCCCCCCUGGGUGGGGAGAGGCCCUUCAGCUAUCCUGAAACCAUAGAGGAAGAGGAAGGUGAAGUGGGUUCUCCGGGGGAAGAAGACCAAGUCGGCCAAGUGGACCCUGGCGGGAAGCCUUCUGAUGGUGGGUUAGAAUUGCCCAACGGCGGUGGUAAGGAGCACCCUUCUUCAGAGGGGGCUGUGGCGGCACCAGCUCCCAAGGCUGAAGAAAAAGAUGCUGCUGAAAUCCAAAAGCGCAGAAGGCUAGAACGAGCUGGAAUCAAGGUCAUGCCAGCAGCACAGCGCUUUGCCAGUCAAAAGCAAUUAAGUGAAGAGAAAGAAGGUAUUUGUGAUAUCAUCCUUCGCAAAGAAAACCCUUUUCUGACUCACCAACAUGGCAAAGAUUCGGAGUCAGAAGACGAGGUUGCGUGUCGACUGCCUGAUCUAGAGAAAGAUGACUUUGCUGCACGGAGAGCGAGGAUGAACCAACCCAAGCCAGCGGUGACAUUGAAUCAACUCCUCUAUGGGCCUUACCGAAAAAAAGAGGGCAAGAAAUCAGAUGGCAGCAAACAGCUCUCAAAGGGAAUCUCGGAAAAGAGAAGUCUAGACUGUAAAAGAAACCAGGGCCAAACAGAAGAGGUGAAAUCCGUAGUGACCUGUGUUACAAGGGCUCGGGAGAGUGAACCUAUGGAAGAGGGACUCAGGAAGGUGCCAGAUCUUUUCAAGGAUGACCUGGCCCAGCGGAGAAUUCAGGGCAGGCUUGCCCCUCACCGCGGGCCUCUGAGCUUUGUCACACCCUCCAAUAUUACAGAAGCCGACUUGCAAACGUGGGAGAGACUGAAAGUGUCAGAAGAGACGAGGGAUGGAGAUGCUCAGCACAUCUGUACCCCUGAGAUUUCACCAGAAAUUAAAGCAGAAACUGCCAUCCGUGAUGACUUUGCCAGCCGCAAAGCAAGAGCCUAUAAGAAAGCUUCUGGCCCCAGGCAAAAGUUUGUGCACUUUGGGCCAGUGACAGAGAUAGAUCAACAGAAGUGGAAGCGGCUCAGCAUCGGCAAGGCUGGGCCUAGGGAGGACGUAGAAGAAGUCAUCUGUCACAGCAGCAAGAUGCAAAUUUAUUCUGAGUCCCCAGCCUUGGCAGCCACAUCCAGCUUACAGGAAGACCAAAUCCUUAAUCCACAAGAUGAUUGCAGAAGAGUGAAUUCUGGCAUGGAUGACUAUGGCAAAAGGGCCUCCCAGCUGGCUCCUGUGCCGGAGUCUCGGCAAGAGCGGGUCUGCAGUUUGGGCGAGUGCCCGCAGAGGCCCCAGGAAGUUACAUCCAAACAUCUGCCACAGGAUGGCAAAGAAGAGAAUGAAGGAGUUGCUCAAAGAGAUUCUGAGAUGCCGCCAAAGGCAGAAAGAUCGGAGGAGAGCAGCCAGCCACUUGCGUGUCCUCUGGCCUCUGAGUGGGAGGCUUCGGGGACAGAAGAGAAGUCAGAGAAGAUGACAGCUCCUGCCUGGAGUGGCAGUGGACUGAAAGGCCAAAGAAAGUUGUCUGAUUCACAAAAAGAUGACAUGAUGGGGAGGAGAACUGAGAUUUCUCUUAGACAUGCUGGAUCCAACCCAAACCAGUUCCUCCCAGUUCCAUUUGCAAAGCAGCAGGAGGUGGAGGAACGUGCCAAGGGUCCACCCAUGAAAGAUCACAGAUACGGUCUGAGAACUCCUGUGUCUGAUGACGCAGAGAGCACGAGUCUGUUUGACAUGCGGUGCGAGGAGGAGGCCGCGGUGCAGCCGCACAGCAGGGCCCGCCAGGAGCAGCUGCAGCUGAUAAAUAACCAGCUGAGGGAAGAGGACGACAAAUGGCAAGAUGACCUGGCUCGUUGGAAAAGUCGUAGAAGAAGUGCUUCUCAGGAUUUAAUCAAGAAAGAGGAAGAAAGGAAAAAAAUGGAGAAGUUAUUGGCUGGAGAGGAUGGGACAAGUGAACGCAGGAAAAGCAUCAAAACCUACAGAGAAAUUGUUCAAGAAAAAGAGCGGCGCGAGAGAGAGUUGCACGAGGCGUAUAAGAACGCGAAGUCCCAGGAGGAGGCAGAGGGGAUUCUUCAGCAGUACAUCGAGAGGUUCACCAUCAGUGAGGCUGUUCUCGAACGCUUGGAGAUGCCAAAAAUUCUGGAAAGAAGCCAUUCAACAGAGCCAAACUUAUCCUCCUUCCCGAACGACCCCAACCCCAUGAGAUACCUGCGGCAACAGUCACUGCCUCCCCCCAAGUUCACUGCCACUGUGGAAACCACUGUUGCACGUGCCAGUGUUCCGGAUGCCAGCACGUCAGCAGACAGUGGGUCUCCAAGCAAAACUGUCACUCCCAAAGCAGUGCCUAUGCUGACGCCCAAGCCUUACUCCCAGCCCAAAAACUCUCAAGAGGUUCUGAAGACCUUUAAGGCAGAUGGGAAAGUCAGCAUGAAUGGAGAGACAAUUCAUGGAGACACAGAGCAGAAGCAAGGAGAGUGUCCGACAGUUGCACCUGCCCCCUCCUUAACCAAAUCCCAGAUGUUUGAAGGCGUGGCCAGAGUGCAUGGGUCCCCAGUGGAGUUGAAACAAGAUAACAACGGCAUUGAGAUCAACAUAAAGAAGCCAAAUUCUGUUCCCCAAGAACUGACGGCAACCACUGAAGAAACUGAACCGAAGAGUCAAGAAGAUGAGAAUGAUGGUGGAAACCCAAGAAAAGGGAAUAUAGAACUUGCUUCCUCAGAGCCCCAGCAUUUUACAACUACUGUGACUCGAUGCAGCCCGACUGUGGCCUUUGUGGAGCUUUCCUCCAGCCCCCAGCUGAAGAAUGAUGUGUCAGAAGAAAAAGAGCAGAAGAAACCAGAACAUGAAAUGAGUGGAAAGGUGGAGCUGGUGCUGUCACAAAAGGUGGUAAAGCCAAAAUCUCCAGAACCAGAAGCAACCCUGACGUUUCCAUUUCUGGACAAAAUGCCUGAAACCAACCAACUACAUUUGCCAAACCUCAAUUCUCAAGCAGAUUCUCCAAGCAGUGAAAAGUCACCUGUAACUACACCCCAGUUUAAGUUCUGGGCAUGGGACCCGGAAGAGGAGCGCAGGCGACAGGAAAAAUGGCAACAGGAGCAGGAACGUUUGCUCCAGGAGAGAUACCAGAAGGAGCAGAACAAGCUGAAAGAAGAGUGGGAAAAGGCCCAAAAAGAGGUGGAAGAGGAAGAACGCAGAUACUAUGAGGAGGAGCGUAAGAUAAUUGAAGACACUGUGGUUCCAUUUUCUAUUACUUCAAGCUCUGCAGACCAGCUGUCUACAUCCACUUCUAUGACUGAAGGCCCUGGGACAGUGAAUAAGAUGGACUUGGAAAACUGUCAAGAUAAAGAACAAGAGAGAAGACAGAAGAAAUCAUUCCAGGGGGAUGCCAAUGACAUAUUGCUUAAGACCAGGGAAAGUGAUCCACUGCAGGAGAAGGGCAGCCUAGCUCAAGAGGCCUUGGCUCAUUCUGAGAACGCCAUAUUAAAAGGAAUCCAUCAGGACCAUCCAUUGGAUACACAGGCUGGGCCCCCACACUGUGGGAUGAACCCACAGCUAGCUCAGGAUCUAUCCCAGAAUCAGCAGGUAUCAAACCCACCAAUGCACAUUUCAGAAGAUGUGAAGCCAAAAACCCUCCCACUGGAUAAAAGCAUGAACCAUCAGAUUGAGUCUCCGAGUGAAAGGCGGAAGAAGAGCCCUCGCGAGAGCUUCCAGGCGGGGCCCUUGUCCCCCUGUUCUCCCACCCCUCCUGGCCAGUCACCAAACAGGUACAAGAGGUCUAUAAGCGGGAAGAAGCUGUGCUCUUCCUGUGGGCUUCCUUUGGGUAAAGGAGCUGCGAUGAUCAUUGAGACCCUCAAUCUCUAUUUUCACAUCCAGUGUUUCAGGUGUGGAAUUUGUAAAGGCCAGCUUGGAGAUGCAGUGAGUGGGACAGAUGUUAGGAUUCGAAAUGGUCUUCUAAACUGUAAUGAUUGCUACUUGCGAUCCAGAAGUGCUGGCCAACCUACAACAUUGUGACGUGGUUUUCAAGCUUCCAGAUCACUCACUCACCAUUUCUUCGUUGAGGGUGUCCCCUGGCAAUUGCUUAACAAAAUCCCAAGUUCAGGGGCUUCUCAGCAUUCAUUUAAUUUUUGAAAGCCUCUUCUGAAAGGUGUAUCUGUUCUUUUGUAGCACAGUGUUUGUGUUUCUCCUGGUUUUCUGUUUUGUUUUGUUGGGUUUUGGGGUUUUUGUUUUUGUUUUUUUUUUGCAUUUGCACAGUAUAUGCAAAACAAUAUUGAAUCGUAUUGACCCUGAAUAGUUCAAAAAAGGUUUUAGCAUGGUCAAAUGGGCUUAAGGUUUAAAAUGUGUUAUUCUUUUCUUUGGGAAUUAGCUAAAUGAUGCAAUAAACCUUUUUUGUUUUAGUAUUUCUAGGAAUUAAACACUUUAUGUUUACAAAAUUGAGCUGCAGGAAGUGCAAGACAUGCCAAUUUGAGACAUGAGGUCUUCUAAGACAGGAGCAUAAAUCUGAUGCAUUUCAGAAACUAAACAUCACAGCAAGCUCCGUUUCUGAGCUGUAACUUGUUUUUAAUGCAAAGACACUAGUCUGUUAAUAUAUAAUGUAAUCCUGAAACAUUUGUGUUACUUCCCUUUUGAGGUAGAAGUUAUACCAAUAAAUUAUUGCACCAUUAGUAUUAGAUUUUGUGUAACUUGAAAGUUAUGUUGUUAAUAUAGGCUGGCCCAACAAAUAAAGAGAACCCUUGUGAUAUUGGCUAGGGCAUUGCCCAAGGGUAGGAAGAAACCAGAGGGAAAUAUUUGUCAUCAUUUCCAAAGUUAUUAACAAAACCUGGGGGAAAGUUUAAUCUUGAAGAGAGUGGUGGGUCACACACAGCCCCGAGGCCUGUGUUGCUUGCUACUCUACAGGCACCAGGUUGGGCAUCUUCAAUAAGAGACUGAAUAUGAGGCACACGGAAUAAGAGGCGUCAAGACGGGGCCAUCAUUAGGUGUGAUCACCCUUGCCUGGAAGUUCUCCUUGAGGCCCCGGAACACAGGAAUUCAAAGUCCAUCCUAAUAGAAUCCAAAUGGCAUAUGAUGUGAUAAGCCACCGGUGAGUGACCAGCAAGAACCUACUGCUCAAAUUGUACUUUGCCCACUCUAACAGAUACGUGCCCUCCUUCACUGUCCUACAUCACCUCUACUAUCAAGAAUCUUGGACUUUGCUCAUGGAGAAGUUGAGAGGGGAACUCUUGUGGACAGCUGGUUUAUUUUCUGCUCUGUGUGAUGAGUUUCAGCUGGCCAAGGAAGGAAUCAAAUUACUAAAAACAUCACAGUUUAGACCUCCAGGCUGUUUAUUUUUUAAGACUGGGGAAGGGGGAACUAUUUAUUCUGCCUUAAAAUGAUGGCAAAUAAGUGAAGAUGACAUUUUGUGAAUGUAGAUUAUGGAUACACUCCUAAUGGGCCAAUGUGGUCAUAAAAGGAGGUCAAGUACAUGUUUUCCUGUUACACGGUAAUUUCUUGUGUCAUUAAGUAUAGCUAGCAGUUAUUUAUUUACAUGCUAGAUGGUUCCUUGCAUGUGGGUUUCACAUAGGUGCAGAAACUUCCUCAGCCACUGGAGGUAUUUUGACCAUUUUUGUCAUUUGGAUGAGCUGUUAUUAGAUUGAAAUUUACACAUCAUUUUAUUAAAAAUUGUGCCUUAGAAAAUGCAAAGCUGUUGCACAUAGUCAGUGAUGAGUUAUGGAUACAGUACAUUGAAGAGAGAGGAAGUCACUUCCAAGUUCCCAAGAUUUCUCAUGGAGGUGUUUGAUGUUUUACAGGAAAAAUAAUUGGGAAAAAAAAAAAAGUAUUAAAAAGAAAAAGAAAAAAAUUUUGAAAAUGUACAGAUUAAGUCCAAUAUUUUGAUUAACCAUCUGCAUGUUUUAUUAAACAUUUUGAUAAUGUGGAUGUUUACACUUUGCAUGAUAUUAGCAGAGUACUUUGCCACAAAUAAUGCACAAAACAUGUACAAUAUGGUCAUUCAUAACCGAUUUUUAUAGAAUACUUUUUACAUGUGGAACUCCAUCCAUUAUGUAAGGAUUAUAUGAAUAUUGCACAUUCUCUUCUGGUUUCACAAACCCAUUUAUACAUAUUUCUUAGUGAGACUCAUUGUACAUGUAUUGAAGCUAGAAUCGAGUCAAGAAAAAUAAAGCCCUAUUCUCCAACUGCAAAAUGUGCUUUCCCAUAAUGAACACUAGUCACCAGCACAGAAUAAUCUCCAACAUUUUCUAAAUUCUAAUUGCCAACUGUUUCUAUUUAUAUUUGAUUUAUAUUUCAUUUGGAGUCUGUUACAUGGCAGCUUAGGCAGACUAGAUCUUGUUUUUUCCAAUGCAGCGUAAUGAGUAUGAUCUAUUUCUUUUCAAAUAAUCUUUGAGAUCCCAGGAAAAAAAAAAACGCUCUGCUCUGUUGAGCUGUAAUGUAAAUGUGUUUGUUUAAAAAACAUAUGAGGCAAGUGAAUGACUUAUUGUUCCAGAGGAAGUAUAUAUGAUUUUUUCUCUCAUACUCCAAAAGCUAGUCCCUUCUCUUUCUUAAGAAAAAAUGGGUAACUCUUCGUUUUUCACUAGCAAACUUUCAUGACAUUUCCUCAUUCUUUCUAUGUAGUGUUAUUAAUGCAAUACAAAUUAUAGUUGUCUAUACACAGUGUAAGAUUUAAAGAACUGAAAUGGUCCUCCUCGUAUGUGAGUCCAUCCAAAAGAUGUUACUGUUCUGGGUGGGCCAAUGUUCUAUAUCAGUUACACUAACUUUCAUUUAAAAUAUUUAUUCUAAAACGCCUCUGAGAAAUAGUAAAAAAUAAAAAUAAAAAGUUGUCUAAAAUGCAACAGCUUUUAUAGUAAAUGUACAUUUAUAAAUAAAAUACUCAAAUCAA